AUGGAGAACGAAGCCCAAGAAUUUUUGAAAUUCCUGAGACACAGCGAGUAUAGUGUUGUGGAACAAUUACACAAGCAGUCAGCUCACAUAUCAAUAUUGACUUUGCUUUUGAGCUCAGAGACGCACCGUGAUGUACUGAUGAAGGUGUUGCACGAAACUUAUGUCACUGACGACAUUUCGGUAAACAAACUAGACCGUCUUGUCAGUAACAUAAGCGCCGACAACUUCAUUUCCUUUAGUGAUGAUGAAAUACCACUGGGGGGCAUGGGAUCUACCAAAGCUUUGCACAUUACUACUCGCUACAAGGGGUAUACGCUACCAGGGAUGUUGAUUGACAAUGGUUCGGCACUGAACGUCUUGCCUCUGUCCAUAUUAAACCGAUUGCCUAUAGAUAGCUCUCAUAUGAAGACAUGCCAAAAUAUAGUGAGAGCAUUUGACGGCACUGAAAGGAAGCCAGACGCACAACAGGGAAAGAAAGAGUUGGAGAGGAAGCAGGAAAAGAGAAGAGCAAGAUUAAGCAGGGCAGAGGUCAAAUGGGAGCCAAUGACCUUUCCCCAUAUAUCCAGUACAUUCGUGGUAGGAGGAGUUGUCCAUCCUAAAUUGAAAUUCACAGAUGAAGGAACGGUUGAGGGAAUGAUGAAGAUUCUGAGCAUCAAUGCCAUAUUAAAAGAAGGAUCGAGAGAAACAAGCCUAGUGGGCGUUUGCUCCUAUGAGCCUAGAAGUGUUCUGAACAACUGGACUGUAGAAGAACUUCUUUUUAUCUUUGGAUUUGCUGAGGAUGGUGGAACGGGAAGAAAAGUAGAUUUUUCCUUAAGAAAGAUAAUUGAGAUUGUGACCUUGAAAGUGGCGAAUGAGGUGAAAAUUGGCACUUGUAUAAAGGAGGAAACCAAGCAGAAUCUCAUUAAGCUAUUGCAAGAAUUCAGAGAUGUUUUUGUAUGGUCGUAUCAAGACAUGCCAGGGUUAAGAACUGAUAUUGCAGUGCAUCGCAUCCCCAUAAGAGAGGAGUGUAAGCCAGUUCAACAGAAGCUCCGAAAGAUGAGACCCGAUGUGGAAGUAAAGAUAGGGGAAGAUGUCAAGAAACAAUUUGAUGCUGGGUUCUUACAAGCGGUUAACUACUCAGAAUGGGUAGCCAACGUUGUCCCUGUCCCUAAGAAGGAUGGAAAUGUGCGAAUGUGCGUAGAUUAUAGAGAUCUAAACAAGGCUAGCCCAAAGGACAAUUUCCCGUUGCCUCACAUUGACACCCUAGUGGACAAUACGGCAGGGUAUUCACUAUUUUCUUUUAUGGAUGGGUUUUCUGGAUACAAUCAGAUCAAGAUGCACCCUGAAGACAUGGAAAAAACCACGUUCAUAACCCUAUGGGGAUCGUUCUGCUAUAAGGUGAUGCCCUUCGGGUUAAAGAAUACGGGAGCGACAUACCAAAGAGCCAUGGUAACCUUAUUCCAUGACAUGAUGCAUAAAGAGAUCGAGGUCUAUGUAGAUGACAUGAUCUCAACGUCCCGGACAGAGAGGGAGCACGUUCAAGUUUUAAGGAAAUUGUUCUCAAGAUUGAGAAAAUUUCAGCUAAAGCUUAAUCCAACCAAAUGCACUUUCGAGCCAGGUCAGGAAAAUUACUUGGUUUCAUGGUCAGUGAAAAGGAAAUUGAGGUUGACUCAAAUAAAGUCAAGGCUAUACAAGAGCUGCCUCCGCCCCGCACUUAGAGAAAAGUUCGAGCUGAUAGAAAAAUGUGAUCCCGUAUUUCGUCUUCUCAAGAAACAUAAUCCAGGCGUGUGGGACGACGAAUGUCAAAUGGCUUUUGACAAAAUCAAACAGUACCUGGCUAAUACUCCGGUGCUAGUACCACCCAGUCCUGAUAAGCCUUUGAUUCUGUAUAUGACCGUGUUUGACAACUCAAUAGGAUGUGUGUUGGGCCAACAUGAUGAGACAGGAAAGAAGGAAAAUGCGAUAUAUUACCUCAGCAAGAAAUUUACUGAGUGUGAAAUGAGAUACUCGCCAAUUGAGAUAUUAUGUUACGCCUUGAAGGCUGUGAAGGGAAGCGCAAUAGCAGAUUUUCUAGCUAGCAGAGCUCUAGAAAACUAUGAGCCCUUGAACUUUGAUUUCCCCAAUAAGGAUCUAAUAUAUGUGGCGACUGCUGAAGAGGACACGCCCGAAGAUCAUUCUUGGAAACUAAAUUUCGAUGGGGCAUCAAAUGCCGUUGAAUACGAAGCAUGUAUCAUAGGAAUUCGAGUAGCCAUAGACCGCAAAAUCAAGGUGCUAGAGGUAUAUGGAGACUCUGCAUCGGUGAUCUAUCAACUUAAAGGUGCAUGGGAGACGCGAGAUCCCAAGCUGAUCAGUUAUCGAAAGUUAGUUCUGGAGUUAAUUGAGCAGUUUGAUGACAUCAACUUCUUUUAUCUCCCACAUGAUGAAAACCAGAUGGCCGAUGCCCUGGAUAUAUUAGCUUUUAUGAUCAGAAUAAAUGAACAAGAAGAUAUGAAGCCAAUCCAGAUGAAUAUUUGUGAGUCUCCGGCUCAUUGCUGUAAUAUAGAUGAAGAAGAGGAGAGAGAUGAUCAUCCUUGGUAUCAUGACAUUCUAAAAUAUGUAAAGAACCGUGAAUACACAGAACAAGCAACUGAAAAUGACAAGAGAGCGUUGAGAAGGCUCGCCAAUGACUAUGUCUUAGAUAGGGAGAUCUUGUAUAAAAGGAGGAAGGAUCAGAUGUUGUUAAGAUGUGUUGAUGCUGUCAAAAUGAAGAAAAUCCUGGAAGAAGUCCAUGAGGGUAUCCAUGUGCCUCCUUCACCUCUCCAUGUUAUGACUUCCCCAUGGCCUUUCUCAAUGUGGGGCAUGGACAUCAUUGGGCCAAUUUCGCCAAAGUCUUCUAAUGGUUAUCGAUUUAUUUUUGUGGUCAUUGAUUAUUUUACCAAAUGGGUUGAGGCCGCUUUAUACGCCAAUGUCACAAAGUCGGCAAUUAGCAAGUUCUUAAAGAAGGAGAUCAUUUGUCGCUAUGGUAUGCCGGAAAGAAUCGUAUCUGACAAUACGUUGAAUUUGAACAAUAGCGCGAUAGUGGAAGUCUGCAGCCAGUUCAACAUUAAGCACCAUAACUCGUCACCAUACUGCCCGAAAAUGAAUGGCGCGGUUGAGGCAACUAAUAAAAAUAUCAAGAAAAUUGUGGGAAAAAUAACUGAAACCUACAAGGAUUGGCAUGAAAAGUUGCCAUUUUCCCUUUUUGCCUAUCGAACUUCUGUUAGAACUUCUACGGGGGCAACACCUUUCUCAUUGGUUUAUGGGAUGGAGGCAGUUUUACCCAUUGAAGUCAAAAUCUCUUCUUUUCGGAAUUUCAGAGGGAAAUGGAUGCCAAACUGGGAAGGACCUUAUGUAGUGAAAAAGGCCUUUUCUAGAGGAGCAUUAAUAUUAGCUAAAAUGGAUGGCAAAAGCCAGCCUAACCCAGUGAAUGCAGACUCAGUCAAGAAGUACUUCGCUUGA